AUGUGGAGACCUCCUCGGUUGCCCCUUGAUGAUUCCUGCUCUGUGCUUGCAGGUCUGGAGCUGUCUCACUGCGUAGGCGCUGGCUCGCUGGGACCUCCUGUGCCUUGGAGGUCUGGGGGGCCCUGUAAGAUGAAAAGGGUCCGCACAGUGUUCAAACCAGAGCAGCUGGAGCGGCUGGAGCAAGAGUUCCUCAAGCAGCAGUACAUGGUGGGCACAGAGCGAGUAGACCUGGCUGCAACUCUGCAUCUCACAGAGACUCAGGUGAAAGUCUGGUUCCAGAACCGGAGAAUCAAAUGGCGGAAGCAGAGUAUGGAGCAGAAGAAGGCAAAGCUGACCCAGUUUGGAGUGAUUCAGCCUGCCACUGCAGACUCAACAGACAUCAAGGACCACGAGGAGGACACUGUGGAUGUUGAGCUUUGAA